AAUCGCACCCUGAUGUUUUCUCGUGCAGCGUUUAUUUCUUGGUUGUUGGCGGUGCCACUGGCAGCAGCUUCGCCCGCCUGCCGUUGCUUCCCCAGCGAUGCAUGCUGGCCAUCGAACAACGUCUGGUCCCAAUUCAAUAAGACCAUUGACGGACGCCUCGUGAAGACUGUCCCGCUUGGUGUGCCCUGUCACGCCCCGAACUACAAUGCCGAGACGUGCGAGGUCCUGAAGGAUGGAUGGUUAUUGCCAGAGGAACACUAUGAAUCUUCUUCUUCGGUCAUGGCCCCAUUCUUUGCCAAUGGUACAUGCGAUCCCUUCCACCCUGUCUCGAAGCCAUGCACGAUCGGCAACUAUGUGCAAUACAGCGUGAAUGUCACCACCCCAACUCAGAUUUCCAAAGCUGUGAAGUUCGCGACCAAGUAUAAUAUCCGUCUGGUCAUUCGGAACACAGGCCACGACUACAAUGGCAGAUCCACUGGUGCGGGUGCACUCGCAAUCUGGACGCACCACCUGAAGGACUUGGAACUUCACUCGUACAAGGAUGCCCACUACAGCGGCAAGGCCAUUACCAUGGGCGCUGGAAUCCAGGGAUUCGAAGCGUAUGAGAUUGCCGAUGCCAACGGCUUACAAGUUGUCGGGGGUGGUGGCCACUCAGCCCUUGCAUCUCGUUAUGGCCUCGGUGCCGAUCAAGUACUGAAAUGGGAGGUCAUUGAUGGCAAGGGAAACUUCAUCACGGCCACUCGCGACAACAAGUACUCCGACAUUUUCUGGGCUCUCAGUGGUGGUGGCGCCGGUACCUAUGGAAUCGUCUAUUCGCUGACCUCCAAGGCGCACCCAGGCACUCCCGUCUCUGGAUUCAACCUGACUUAUACGAAUGCGAACAUCAGCCAGGAUACCUUCUAUCGUGGUGUUGAGCUCUACAACACCUAUUUGGCCGAUAUCGUCGACGCCGGCGCCAUGAGCGUCUGGUACUACACCAACACUAGCUUCAUGAUCUCUCCAAUCACUGCGCCGAAUAUCCCUGUCGCAAAGUUGGUGCAGAUGCUCAAGCCUUUCCUCAAUGGCCUGGACAAGCUUGGCAUUGAGUACACUUCGACGGCCAGUCAAUAUGAUAGCUACUAUAGCCAGUUUAAGGACAUGCAAGGCACCAUCGAGGUUGGAACAGCACAGUACGGCGGUUGGUUGGUCCCACGAUCUGUUGUCCAGAAAAACAACAAGGCCCUGGUGGACGCCUAUCGCUACAUCAACGAGAACGGCGGCACUUUCAUUGGCGUUGGCCUAAGCGUUGCAAAGAAAGUCUCGGGGGACGUUUAUAACGCCGUUUUGCCCGCUUGGCGUGAGGCGCUCAUCGACACCACCCUCACCACACCGUGGGAGUGGGACGAUCCCGCUCUGAUGCUGGAGCGCCAGCGCAAGAUGACCGAAGACUUCAUCCCACGACUGCGAGCGUUGUCCCCGGACUCUGGUGCUUAUAUGAACGAGGGUGACUUCCGCCAGCCCGAUUUCCAGAAGGUCUUCUAUGGCGAGAACUAUGCCAAGCUCCAGAAGAUCAAGGCCAAGUAUGACCCCAAUGGCAUCUUCUACGCCAGAACUGCCGUCGGCUCGGAGGCGUGGACGGAGCUUGAAAAUGGCCGACUGUGCAAGACUGGAAAUUAA